AUGGGAAUUAGCUCAUCAAAAUCUGUUCACCGCCAGGACAAUGGAGAAGAAGAAGAAGAAGAAGACGACGAUUUUGAAAACAUUCUGUCAAAGGCCGCCUUGGCCAGGAGAACCGAGCGCAUACGCCUCGACUUUCCCAUUGAGUUUCCAGUCUUGGAUGCUACCCAUUGCGAAUACACGCCCUUUAUAUCGCCUGAUCAUCCUUCUCUUCUAACCACACUGCCUCCCGAGCUCAUUACGAAUCUUGUGAGCCAUCUAGACAAUCGCUCAAUCAAGAAUCUACGCUUGACUUGCAGACUCUUUCGUGUCGUCAAGUUACGCAUCAGCCGAGUCUUUCUCUCUGCCAAUCCACUCAAUAUUCACGUCCUUCGCUCUAUUGCCGAUCAUGAUGUGUAUCGCCAAGGCAUCAUCGAGCUUAUUUAUGACGAUGCCCGCUUAUGUCAUUCCAGUACUGAUCAUUCCGACAAUGCGCUUCCCGAAGAAGUCUCGAGAUUGUAUUUUGAUAGGUCAAUAACAGGUAUGGAAUGGUUUCAAACGAGACGGGAUAUGAACCUCAAUGAUUUGAGACAGCGCCGAAGGGGAGAGGACCCAGGCCGCCCUGAACACCUUGCUAUAUCACGACAAGUAAAUGCCGAGUUAUCGCUAGAAGAAUCAUGGACAUAUUACCAAGAUCUAGUACGUCAGCAAGACGACGUGGUGGCUCAUGGAGCUGAUAUUGAGGCAUUUCAAUACGCCUUGCAACGGUUCCCCGCUCUACGAAGAGUCUCUGUUACACCUGCUGCUCAUGGGUGGCUAUUCACUCCUCUCUACGAGACUCCUAUGAUUCGGGCUUUUCCCUCUGGAUUUAAUUAUCCAAUUCCCCGUGGCUGGCCAACGAAGCUUCCUGGCUAUCCUGGCGAAGAACCUGCGCCGUGGGAAGAUUCAAAAGCGCGAUGGCGCGGCUAUUGCCUAGUUACAAAGAUUUUGGCUCAACAGCAACAGCAUCAUCGCGUCUCUGAGUUUCUUAUUGACUCCCACUAUCUUCAUACUGGCCUUAACUGCCGUAUCUUCGAAGAACCAUCUCAGGAAUAUUCGGAUCUUCUCUCCUGCCUUCAGCUUCCGGGCUUGAAGAGAUUACAUUUAUCCCUUAUGGUGGAAUACAGUUGGACAGAUUUUCGCCAGAGUCUUAUGCGAAAUGCUUUAGCAAAAGCUUCUCAACUAGAGCAUUUCAGCUUGGAAACAAGCAUGAACCAUUUCAGCUAUUCUCCCAACCGUUACCCCCACCAUGAAAGGCCACCAGCGCUGCAAACGUUUCUUCCCAUUGAUUGCUGGACAUGGUUACAGCAUUUUCGGCUAUGGAACUUUCCUGUGGAUUCCGCUGACUUGAUAUCAACGCUCUCACAGCUUCCCGCGCUACAGUCGCUUGAGCUGGGAUUUUUGUGCAUGGGAUCUAACACACAGCGCCAGUUACUGGAGGAUAUGCGCGACACUCUAUGUUGGCAUGAGCGGCUCACGAAACCCAAAGUCACGUUUGCUGUAUCUGACCUCAGUCCCAGUCGUCAGAUGCCAGGGCGCGCAAUUUGGUUUGACGAGGAAGUUGAAAACUUUCUGUAUCACGGUGGCGAGAAUCCCUUUGAGAAUAAAGCAUACGAUAACAUACGCUAUGAUAUGGGAGUCGUAAGAGAUGCCUAUGAUCCAUUGUAUGAGAGGCUUCAUGUAGAUCCUUUGAAGUAUCAUAAGCUAUAUAUGGCGUGA